GGAGACCAGCAGAGUAGUUCAAGUCAUGAAGCUGUAGCUCUUCAGUGUGCGGCAGGUCUGAAUGAGGGAAGGAAAGUCACCAGAGCACCCGUUCAAUAUCCAAAUGAGGAUCUGAAAGUAGAGAAAAUAAAAUAAAACAGGAGACAGCAACAACAUAGAGACGAAGCUGCUAAAAAAAAUAAAAAAUAAGACGGAGGAGCUUUAUUCUGAAAGUGUGUUAAUGAUGCUUCGGUGAUGUUCAUCAUCUUAUUUUAAACCAAACCGAGAUAUCCAAGAAGCGUGGGUGGUAAACCAAACCAAGUAACAUAGGUACACCAGGGUAUCAACGGGACUCUAUACUAAAUGAAGAGCAGUUUCGUUGACAUCUUAACAAUGCGAAGUCUAGUAAUCUAGCUUCUUUCUUUCUUUUUUGUGUGUGAAUUAGUUUUGCCACUGUGGAUGACAAUAAAAAAACGCGUAUUUUAAUGGAAGAAGAGGUUUAUGUCUUUUGAAGGAUAGUCUCAUAAUUCUUUCUAAAAUCUACCUAUGUGGAUAUUCAGACUUGCUGACUUGAAGAUGUUACCUGCGAAAUGGCCCGUUUAUCGUGGGGCCCCGUUUAACAACACUUCUCUCAGAUUAGUAAAACCUUCGCGCACUUGAAGCUUGGAUAAAUAAAUACACAUAUUGUCUGUUGUUAUUCUUGUUGUUGAGGACAUUGAUUUAAAGAAGAAACAAAUUCAGGUUACUAUGCAAUUACAACUGAUAUCCUUGGUUUUAAUCUGUUUGCACUCUAUGGAAUACAUUGACAGCCAGCACGCCUCCAGAAUCAGGCGACAUAGAAAAUUACACCCUGGAGUUAGCCAUGGUUGUCAAGGGGGGUGUGCGACAUGUUCCGAUUACAACGGAUGCUUGUCCUGUAAACCCAGGCUCUUUUUCUUCUUGGAGAGGAAUGGGAUGAGGCAGACCGGGGUGUGCCUGUCCUCCUGCCCGAGUGGUUACUACGGGACCAGAUCACCAGACAUUAACAAAUGCACAAAGUGUAAAGCAGACUGUGAUGCCUGCUUCAACAGAAACUUCUGCACGAAUUGUAAAGCUGGAUUUUAUUUACAUAUGGGGAGGUGUCUGGACAUUUGUCCUGAUGAGUAUGAGCCCAAGGAACAGCACAUGGAGUGUACAGCUAUUGUGCACUGCGAGGUGGGUGAGUGGAGUCAAUGGAGUCCCUGCUCAAAGAGAGGGAAAACCUGUGGCUUCAAAAGAGGCGAGGAGUCGAGGACUCGCGAGACACUGCGCGUCCCCUCUGCAAGCGGUGACACUUGUCCAGCCACGAAAGAGAAGAGGAAAUGUGCUGUGCAGAGGAGAAGGUGUCGCAAAGGAGAAAGGAAAGAGGGAAGUGAAAGAAAGAGAAGGCCGAACAAGGAGAAGAAAGAGGAGAACCAAGAGAGGAGGCAGGAAGAAAGAGACACUGACAACAGAGAGGAAUCGGAGAACAAAAAUAAAACUGAACACAGGAGACGGAAAGCACAGAACAAGCAACACGUCUCUACAGCUGGGAGCACUGCACACUAACAGUCUCGCUGGAUUGUAAAGGCUCAAGAUGCUGCUACCUGUACAUAUAAAUAUAUACUGUAUAUACACAUGGAAAAGACAUUAUGCGCAUGGAGUUGGUGACAGUGCGGAGGGCAUCAGCAAGAACUAUCUUGAUUCUUUGCCCAUUAUGGACCCUAUUAAAGACUUAGAAUGCUACACACAAUAAGAAUGUGUUCAUUCCAUGAAGAGCCUUUCUUUCAAGUUGGUAUUGCAACUUUCAAAUUGCUUUUUAAGGGCCAGGUCCUACAGCACAUGAAAGGUUUGAAUGUAGGUGUUGUGACAGUAUUUAGAUUUGCUGUGUAGAUGUCUAAUUAUAACUUGAGUAAAUUAAAACUGGGCUUUGUUUUAGACUUUAUUUACACACAAAAAAUGUAAAAAAAAAAAAAAAAAAAAAAUACAAA